GAGCUGUCCUGACACUGACACCUCUAGAUUUACAUCAGAGCAAUGUUACAACGGCUUUUUGUCGUGGUUGUGGUCUUUAUAGGUUUAUCUAAUGGAUCUGGUGUGUUGCCAGAUGGUCCUCUGAAUGCCUCUGUUGGAGGGACAGUGAAUUUCACAACAAACAUGAAUCCAGCAGAAACACCAUUUUCAUUGGUCCAGUGGCUGUUUGAUUCUGGCUCAGGAGCUAAACUCAUAAUUAUCUCACAGACAACUGGAGACACAAUUACAGCAGCAUAUGAAGGCAGGAUCACUCUCUUCAGAUCAACUGGAUUUCUGGAACUCAGGAAUCUGACAUUCAAUGACAGUGGACAGUACAUAGUAAGCAUUCAAGAUGGAGCAAUUCACAAGCCAGGACGCACCACACUGAAUGUUUAUGAACCAGUCACCAAUGUCAGCGUCUCUCUACUAAAUACAGACUUGAUUGAGUUCAACAGCUCCGUCAGUUUGUCCUGCUCCUACUCUGGAUCUUCUCUUUCCUUCCUAUGGAUGAAAGACAGCUCUCAGGUCAUAACCAGUGACAGAAUUCAAAUCAGUACGAAUGAAGAAAACUCCGUUCUGACUAUAGUCAAUGUGACCCGAAAUGACCAGGGAUCCUACACCUGCAAUGUGUCCAAUCCUGUCAGUUCUAACAUCAGUGAUCCAGUACAAAUCUCUAUUAGUUAUGGUCCAGAGAAUGUACAAAUAGAAGUGUAUCCAUCACAGGAACAUUAUGAGAAUGGGUCAGAAAUUAAUCUCACCUGCUCUGCUGACUCAUCACCUUCUGCUGAAUAUCAGUGGUUUCUGAAUGGAGAUGAGCGGCUCAGUAGCGGUCCAUUGCUCAGACUGACAAAUAUCCAGAUGAGUCAGAGAGGAAACUACAGCUGUCAGGCCUUUAACAGCAAAACUCUGAGAUAUCGAACAUCUGAACCUUCACCUGUCUCUGUUCUUGAGCGAGUCUCUAACAUAAAGGUAACUCAAGACUUUACCCACCUGAUUGAGUUCAGUGGGUCUGUCAGUUUCUCCUGCUCCUCCUCUGGAUCGUCUCUGUCCUUCUCCUGGAUGAACAGCAGCUCUGAGGUCACAACCAGUGACAGAGUUCAAAUCACUGAUAUCACUGAUGGAGGAUCCAAGCUGACUAUAAUCAAUGUGACCAGAUAUGAUCAUGGAUCAUACAGCUGUAAUGUGUCUAAUCCUGUCAGCAGUGCCAAGAGUGAUCCUGUAAACAUCUCUGUCAGCUAUGGUCCAGAGAAAGUCAACUUAGAACCACCUACUGAAACACCUACUGAAGGGUCAAAGAUCAGUUUGUCUUGUUCAGCUGAGUCCAGACCUGAUGCCACUUUUGAUUGGUUCUUUAAUGGAACAAGUCUGUCUGCUUCUGGAUCUGUGCUUGAACUCCUCAAUGUUCAAAAGAAUCAGAGUGGAAACUACAGCUGUCGGGCCUUUAACAGUAGAACCUUAAGAUAUCAAACAUCUCAACUUUUACCUAUCUCUAUAGACGAUACCUCUACAGAAGGAGGCGACUUACCCCCUGGAGCCAUUGCAGGAAUUGUAAUUGCAUGUUUAGUAUGCGUUUCUUUAAUUGCUGUUGGAGUGUACUUCAUACUUAAAAAAAAAAAACCUCAAGAGAAAACAUCAAAUAGAAAUAUCUCAGCAGGUGGGAACAGACGAGAUAAUGGUGUAAGCAGUAAUGAGGAGAUGAACUAUGCAGAUGUCAGGUUUUUUAAGAACAAGAAAAAUGUUCAACCCCAGUGGGAAUCAGACAAUCCUGCAUCAACCUACGCUGACAUCAGGGUCAACAGAAACUGAAGCACUCUUCCUUCCCUCUGCCCACAUUCAGCUGAAACCAAACAGGCUGGCUUUAACUCAAUCCUGCUAAAACUUGACAUUUCUUUCAGCAAAAACCAACAAUGACAGAGCUGUCUGAAACUUGACUUUGGUUUGCUUUAGCAAAUUUUGGCAUUAGUUUACUUCAUUCUGUCACAGUAGUGUUUAAUGAUUAACUAACUCCACCUCUUACUGGCAACAGAAAGCAGAGGGCAGAAUAUCCCGGUCUGGUUCAAUUUCAGUAGACUUUAAUCAAUACUUUAAAUAUUAAUAUGUGCGCCAUUACACCCCUAGGAACAGGAAAGGUUUAGAAUGUAAAUGUUAAACAUGACUUAUCCAGUCAGGUUAUUGUAAUAGUUUGACUUUUCUAGAAGCAGAAGUGCAAAUUUUAUUUUGAGAAGCUUAAGCAAGAAAAUACCAUCUGUAAAUAGAGCACUGCGGUUAAGCUAUUUUGAUGAAUACACCCAAAUGAGUGGUCAUACUUAAGUUUGGUGAUGUAUUCUUUGUGAUAUCGUUUUAUACUGUACCAACAUGAAAGCACUGAAUUACCAAAAUAAUUGUAGAAAGAAAAACUUUAAUGGGCUUGAGUUUUGAACCAAAGCAUGAUCAACAAGAAGAAAACACAUUUUUCAAUCAUUUAAAAUGUAGGACACUAAAAUCAUGCUUAUGGAAUUGUAUCUUGUUUCUCCAAAUAUGUUUCAUGGUGUAUGUGUGUUUAUUACUGCUUUAUUAUUAUGUGAGAAGGGUAUUUAAGGAAAUUAUGAAAAUAUUUUCUCCUGAUUAGACAUUCUCAAACUAAUUUUAAGUUAUAUAAUCCUCUAUUGCUGGCAUGGAACAGACCUACUGUAAAUAAAAUAGGUUGUAGAUGAUCUCUGAAUACCAAGACUGAUUGAACUUUGAAAUCCUUCCAGAAGCCUGCACCUCAACUCUGUUUAAAAUUCAUUGAAUAUCCACACCAGAUGAACUUGACCAAUAUAAUUAAAAUUAAAAGAAGGAAAUGUUUGACACAGGAAUGUAAAGUUAAACUGCUUAUUUUUAAUAGGAACAAUGAAAAAGUGUAAUCCUCCAGACUUUGCUAUUAACUAAUUCCUUGUAAACACAGUUAAUAAAAAGCCACUGGAUCAUCUUUAGGUUUUAAGUGGUCUCAAAGUCCAACAAGCUGCUGAAAAAAAUCUUUGCCAGGAUUCUGAGUCAUUUGUCACUUUCUGAAUUUAUUAGAAAUGGUUUUCAAUGCAGAGCUUAGUAGGAGUUGUUGUCACCUAGAGUGUUACAACCACUGAUUUUGUUGGCAGGCAAUUAUUUUUUUCACACAAGACCAAAUAGAGUUGGAGCUUUUUCUUCUUAACAAAUAAAAUUAUCAUUUGUAAACAUGUUUCUGUAUUUACUGAAGUUAUUUUUGUCUAAUAAUAUUUGUUUGAUGGGCAGAAGUAUUUAAUUGUUUCGAAAAAGCAAAAGCAGAAUAAAUAUUUUUUCUAAGCAA